AUGGACCAAAAUUCUGGGAUCAUCAUAAUCUGGUUUGGUUCCACCAAGUCUCCAGAGGAGGCAAAAAAUAAGUCUUUGAAAAGGACGGAUACUCACCUGCGUCACUUGGAUGUCGGAGUUACACCUUGUAGAUUGUGCUGGCUUGUGACCCAAGACUAUAAAAGAACGGACAGUGCGGCAACCUAUUUUUGA